AUGUUCCUGUGUUCACCAACGCCUGGAUCAAGUGAUAGAAGCAACCCCACUCUCUCUCUCUCUCUCUCUCUCUCUCUCUCUCUCUCUCUCUCUCUGUGGUCUCACUUCGAUGAUAAAUGCGCCCUGCAUGAAAGCCAUUCCCCGUCUAGGCCAAAACUGAUCUCUCUCUCUUUCUCUCCCACUCUCUCUAUCUCUCUCUUUAUCUAUCUAUCUAUCUAUCUAUCUAUCUAUCUAUCUAUCUAUCUGUCUGUCUUUUUGUCUCUAGUUUUCUCUGACACUUUCUCUCUCUCUCUUUCUCUCUCUCUCUCCAUCAGUCACCUACUUCUUUCCCAUGCACUGUCUGUCUGCCUGUCUGUCUGUCUGUCUGGCUCUCUCUCUCUCUCCUCGUCUCUCUCUGUCUGUAUGUCUCUCUCUUUCACUCCGCGUGUUUGCACACGUGCGUGUCCACAAACCAAAUAUCUACUACAUUGGAAACAACAAACACACACGCUCUCUCUCUCUCUCUCUCUCUCUCUCUCUCUCUCUCUCUCUCUCUCUCUCUCUAUCUAUCUAUCUAUCUCAUAG